AUGGACAAGGCAAAAACAAACUAUCUUUUAGAAGGAGAAGUCCUAGUCAAAGGCAAGACUUUUGGUCUUUGGCAACCAAAAAAAUACAUCAUAGACCAAGAACUUAGAAUAUUUUCAAUAAAAAGUUCAAAGUAAAAUAAAAAUUACCAUCUUGCAAAUUAUUAAGUAAAAAAUAUUCUCAUUCAUUUAUAGAUAGCAAAUAUUGAAAGAAAAAAUAAUAGAUUUCAAUUUGAAUUGAUUUCAACAAUCAAUGAAAAGAAUAUAUUGAUGGGAUCAGAUAAUGAGAAAUUUGCUAAUGAGCUUAUGUAAUUCUUAAAAAAAAUGUGUGGAUAAUAAAUCCGAGCUUAAAGUUUAUUUGAACCUAAUUUAUCAUCAAAAUCAAUUUGUAAAAUUAAUAUAAUUAAUUUACAGCAUCCCUUAGAGAUUAUGAUUAUGAAAUUCCAUAACAUUUUGAAAUGUAAGAAAUUCGAGAUGCGUAUGUUUUAUAAAUAUUAAUUUAGCAUUCAAAAUAUACGAUCUAAAUCUUACUAAUUAGAGUAAUAUGAGUUAAUCUAAAAUCAGGUUGUGAAAGUUUAUCGUAAUAAAAAUAAUUAACUUAAUUUCAAAGUAUUUCUUACACUACCAGGAAAUUGUAUCAAUCCUCCUUUAUAAAUUAGGUUUAAUCAAAUGCUAAACAUAAUUGUUUCAAACUUAGUUUGAUUGGAAUAUUCAUAAUUUAAAAGAAUAUACUUAAAUAUAAGAUUUUAAAUCAGAGAAAUCACAAAUGAUAACAGAAAUAAGAUUUAUCAAAAAUUGGUUUUAAUUUAAAAGAGAAUUCACAUAUUUAAGACAUAUUGUAGAAUUUAAAAAAAAAGAAAAUGUCAAAAUUGUAAUUGAAAAAAAAGCAGAUCAUAAAAUACAUUAAGGUACUGUUUCAGGAAUAUUAAAAUUUGCUGUUUGGGGUCUAAGUUAUGAAAAUAACUAAACAAAUAUUGUAUUAUUUACUGAAUAGAGUUAUAAUGGUUUAUCUUUUAUAGAAGAAGAUUCAAUUCUCUCAUAACAAUAUUUUUUGCAAUAUGAAAAUAUUAUAAAGCCUUCAUAAAUAGAUUUUGAUAAAUAGCAUGUUUAAGAUUAAAAUUUAAACAUUAAUCCUAAUAAUAGUCCUUAAAAUGAAUAAUAAACCUAAAAGUAUAAAGCUUAAAAUAGAAAGGAGGGAAAAUAGCAGUCCAUAAAAGUUGAAUAAUCUACAAUAUAAAAUUAAAUAAUUUAAUAACCUAUCAUCAUAUCAUCACCUUAACAAGGUCCAAAUUAAUUAAAUCAAUUUUAAUCACCAUUAUAAAUUCCUAUGUCUUAUAAAGAUAAAAAUAUUUAAAAUAUUCCAUAGAUAGGAAAUUUAAAAGAAGAUGAUUAAUAAAUUUAAUAAUAAUCAGUUAAUAUGAAAAAAUCAGAUAAGAUGACUGAGUUUAAUUAAGGUCAAGGAAAAACGGAUUAGAAUAAUCUUUCUUAAGGUUCUUUAGAAUAAUUAAAAUUAAAAAAAACUUCUAGUUCUUAAGAAUCUUCUUAAAUUGUUGGAAAUAAUAUAUCAUAAAAUAUCUUAUUUUAAUAACCAAAAAUAGAGGAUGAUUAAGAAAAUGAUGAAAUUUAACCUGAAAAUGAAGGAUCUGAUGGUAAUAUGACAUAAUUUUAUGAUUGUGAAGACGAUAUAGAUGCAAUGAAUGAUAAAUUAUUUAUUGGAUCAUCUGAUCAAUAAGCUAAUGUAACUGAUUAAAGUGUUAUGGAUGUUAGAAAUUCAAUAACAUAAAGAUAACUUUAGAUAAAAAGCAAUUAAAUUUAAAGUUAAAGUGACACAAUUUAAAAUAUAGAAAAUUGGGUAGAAAAAAAGAUGUAGGCUUAUUUUAGUGGUAAAUUUUGUCAAAUAGCAAUUGAUAUAUAACAUAUAUUGAAUCCAUUAGAAUCAGAUAUAAAUGUAUAUAAUUAGUUAUUAAUUAAAAGAAUAGGAAAUAUAUGAGAGAAUAAGAAGGAGGACACUAUAUAUUUAGAAAAGACUUUUAAAGAGAUGAAAAGAAUGGUGGACUUAAGUGUAUAAAUGAAGUGAAAGUAAAUGCAUAAAAGAGUGUAGUUAAGUUUUUAUUGGCUAGAAUAGGUAUAAAUAAUUAAUAAUAUAAUUAUAGGAACUUCACUUCUAAUGGGAAGAUCUUUAACUACUAUAUCAAUGCCAGUAACUAUUUUUGAAUCCAGAUCUAAUACUGAAAGAGCUUGUAAUUCUUUAGCAUUUGCUCCUGUAUUUUUAGAUGAUGCUGCUAUAUCUAAAGAUAAAUUCUAUAGAAUUAAAUAAUGUGCAGCAUUUUCAUUUGGAUUUAUAUUUUCAUAUUUAUCUAUGGAGAAAGUAAUAAUCUAUAUAAAUUAUUUAUUAUUAGCCAUUCAAUCCUAUUUUAGGAGAAACCUUUUAAGGAUAUUUUGAUAAUUGUCCUAUAUAUUGUGAAUAAAUAAGUCAUCAUCCUCCAAUUUGUAUAAUUUAAUAUUAUGGGCGAAAAUAUAAGUAUUUAUUUAAUAUAUUAUAAUUAGAAUCGAUGCUCGUUUAGAAUUAGUUGCGAAUUUUCAUUCUAAUUCUGUUGUUGGUAGAAAUGUUGGUGAAGUUAAAGUAAUAUUUGAAAACCCUGCUUAAGAAAUCAUUAUUUUGUUAGCUCCAGGUUGUAUUUAUGGAACUACAUUUGGUGAUAAAUCUAUGGACUUUUUAGAAAAAUAAUUUUUAUUUGAUUUAGAUAAUAAAUGGGUUAUGGAAUGUGCAUUUAAACCAGAAAAAAAAUAUUGUUAAUAUUUUAAUAUUGAAUAUCUUCCAUAUUCAGAUUAUGUUGCAGGAGGUGUACUUGAAGUUACUGAUUCGGCUAUUGGUAGAUAUUUAAGAGAAGGUUAUAGAAAAUAUAAAGGUUUAGAUUUCAAAACUGAAGUUAAAUCUAUUAAAAGUAUUAUUAAAGGAGUUUGGAAUCAAGAAUUAAAAGUAAUUAUUAUUCUAAUCUAAGUUUGAUAAUUAAAGAUUGAUUUCUAUUAUGUAUGAUUUCCCAAUCAAAUUAGAAUUAGCUUAAUAUCCAUUACCAUCAGAUGCUAAUUUUAGAAUGGAUGUUUUAAUGUGGAAAUUAAGAGAUUUUGAUUAAGCAUAAUAAUGGAAAGAAAACCUUGAAAUAUUUCAAAGAUAAGAUCGAAAACUUAGAGAAUCUUUGGGACCUAAAAAAAAAAGGAAAUGA